CUUGCAACACGUGUUGCCGCCUCUGACAGGCACCUGGUUGGCGGUUUGUGCGUGGGUCUUCUGCGCAAUGUGCUCGACGCUAUGGUGGAGCAUUGCCAGAUGCGGCAUCGGUUCGGUCGUCCAAUCGCGCAAUUUGGAAUGGUACAGGAACGUUUGAUGCGUUCGGCUGCCUACCUCUAUGCCCUGGAAUCGAUGACCUACCUGGUAGCUGGUAUGAUUACUGCCCAGCCGGAGCGCGAUUUGCGCAUCGAGUCUUCUGCUGUUAAGUGUCUAGCUCUACCCGCAGCUCACACAGGGCCCCUUUUUAACUCAGUAUUUUGCCUGAGCACUGUAUUUUUCAUUGUGUUUGGAACCCUCAAACAACAGCUCUUCGCAACGGAAACCACAAAGUACGUCCUUAACGACUGCAUGGCUCUUUCGGGUGCCUUGGGUCUCACUAGCGAACUUCCGAUCGAGCGGUAUCUUCGGGAUGCCUACGUGCUGGAUUCCUUCAUGGGUCCCAGCGAUGUUCUGCGAUUGUACAUCGCCGGUGCCAGUCUCUCCUACGCUGGCAAGGAGUUGCAGGAGUUUGUGCGCAAAGCUCGCAAGCCCGUUGCUAAUGUCCGCUACCUGCUGCCGAAGAUGUUCAUGAAGGAUGUACGCCUACGUCUGUCGGCUCCAGCAGUCGGCGCCACCUCAAUCGGGGAGAACGAACGCGGCGCCCGGGUGUCCCUCCGGGUGCGUGACCAUCUUCAUCCGAACUUGGCCAGUCAUGCAGAUCGAGUGUCCAGGAUUAUCUACCACACCCACGAGUUCACCCGACAGGCCUUUAUCUUGCACGGGCCUACGGUGAUUGAAGAUCAGCUGGUUUUGCGGGUCAUAGCUGACCUCGCCGUCGACCUCCUAGCUGUCACCGCCUGCCUUAGCAGAGCGUCCCGUGCCAAGAGCAUUGGUCUGCGUUACCACGACCACGAGCUGGAGCUCACAAGCGCCUACAUCCUGGGGGCAUGUUCACGCAUGGAGAAAGCGUUGGCAGACUAUAAACAGCUGGGAAAUCUCAGCAAGCGUAUAUCUGCCGUGAUGUGCAAAGAGAACGGCUACGCUGCUGUUCAUCCUCUAAGUCGGGUUUGGUAA